GGGGUCACAUCCACUGUUGACAAGAUGCAGUCAAGUCAUGCAGUGAGAACAGCUAGCUAGAUGCAGUGAGAGAACAAACAAGUGUGCACAAAUAAAUACACGGCACGACACACCCAUGCAAUGCAAUGGCCAACACAACAUCAUGAUGGCCGCACACAUGCGAGGAGUGCGUACAAACAAAGAAACACACACAUCUCACUCACUGCACACGCGGAUGGAACUGCUUGAGCACUUCCUGGGCAGGGAUGCUCUUGCCAGAGAUCGCCGCGAAUUUGUCCAAAAGGCAUUUCUUCUGGUUCUCCAGCUCGUCGACCCGGGCCGACGCCCGCAUGAGUGCCCUUGUAACCUCCUGUAUCUGGCUGUCCCGCCCCAUGAGCACCUGCUUCAUGGCCUGCACUUCCUGCCGCGCAUCCUGCACCUCCCUCUGCGCCUCGCUGAUGGAGCCCUUGCCGUCCAGGUACGACGAGUGCAUCGACUCGCGGGAUGCAAACAGCCGGGUGAUGAGCUGCUGCUUCUUCUUGAGCUCUUCUCGCAGAUAGACGUUGGCUGACCGCUGACGAGACGACCAACACAAGGGGCACUCGGGGUGGUACGUACUGGCUUGAGCGGUGUAAGUUGUGUUGGGUGGUACCUCUUGCUUGAGUGCCUCGUUGAGCUCCGUGACACCCUCCUCCAGUUUGCCGCACUUUCUCUCGUUCUCCUGGUUGUUCUUGAUUUGCUCACUGGACACACACACACACAGACAUCAAUGGGCAUGCGCGUUUUCCAGCCCCCAAGCCAUUCCGUUUCGCCCAUGCCAUGGGUAUCUUACCGGUACAUGUUGGAGAGGAGGGCCGAGUCUGCCUUGGUCUUCUCGAGUGUCUUUCUGGCCGUCUCGAGCUCUCGCUCAAGCUGGUCCUGGAUGACGGCGCUGCCCCUGGCUGCUGCACUGCUGGCCAGGCUGAUGGCAGUUGGGGCGGCCACGGGGUGGGCCACUGCCGACCGCUGCUCCUCCGCCUCAUGCAGAGACCUCUUCAGUUCCUGAUUCCUGCACACGAGCAAACAGACAGACAGACAGACAGGUGAGGUGAAUGCGGGCAGCACAGCUUAGUGCGUGCCUGGUGCGCGUUUGUCAUACUUGAUUUCAAGCUGGUUGGCCUUGGUCUCCCACUCACUCUUCUCGAUCUGAAGUCUGGGGGAGGGGACGCAGUGCCACGGAUGUACCCAGCCAUGUGUGCUGUCUGCUGUGGACCAGCUCUCUCACUUUGAGAUGAGUUCUGCCUGGCUCUUGGUCUUGGCAGUGAGGUUCUGGAUCAGCUCGGUUGUCGGCGUGUACUUCACGCUCUGCAAACCGAUUACAGAGCUACCAAGGUUGACUGUGCCAUUCAUAACCCACCGAACCAUACCUACCUACCUUCAGCUGAUUGAUCUCGCCCUCCAGAGUGAUGGUCUUCUUCCACAUGGCGGUAAGCUCCCGCCGCAGGUCGCACUGCUGCAUCUCCUGCUGUGCCGACUUGCCGUCGCGUGUCGGCGCCUCGAUGAUGACCAUCUCGUUGCCAGCGGCAUAGUUCCGCACCGCCCCGUCCAGCAUGUCGAUCUCCUUGGAGAGCUCAAUCAACCGCACAGAUGCCACCGGCGUGGCUGUGGGAGUGGCGAGGAGGGAGGGGUGGGUGUAGGGGCCGGGAGAGGGCACAAUGGCUGGCAAGGGGGGCCGGUCGGGGAUGACCCCGCUCUUGGCCUGCACGGCAAACGGACAGCCGGAGAUGAGAUGGCCCGUGGGCGUUUGGGGCUGUGAUUGGGUCUCACUUGGAAGUCAAUGAUAAGGUUGUAGACUUCGGCGAUGCCUGAGAUGAAGACACGGACAUAGACGCACCGACAGACAACCCACAAUCCAUUCCAGAUGCCGUGCAGUCACUCACUUGGUGUGCGCCUUACUGACCCCCUGCCGAGUACUUGCGCCUGAUGCCGAUAUCCAUCAUGCAGACGGCACACCGAUAGAGAAUGGCAUAGAGGAACUGAUAGAGCACCGCCUCCCUCAGGUUGAGGAGGGUCAGGAGGGGCUCCAGCAGCUGACCGGCCGCCUCCUCGCCCGAGGCCCCGCUCCGCCCUGCCAGGAACGAGUAGUUGAUGGUGUACCCACUGACCCGCUUCACUGUCUGCUCGAGCGUGUGCAAUGGCGGGUUCCGGGUCGAAGAGUUGAACACCAGCUCAUCGUCCACAAUGGAACCGAGCCCCUGACCAGAGCAGGCACACGAAAUUCAUUCAUCAGAGUCAGUCAGUCAGUGUGCAAUGCAAUGCGUGUCACGAGCGAGGCCCGUCAGUCAGUCACGUCGGUCACUUGUAGGAGUUGCAGAAGGUCGUUUUUGAGCGUCUCAAUGAUGUGAAUGAAGUGGUCGCGGAAGCCAGGAGUGCGCUUGGUCCUCUCCAUCGCUGCACCUGCACUGCUGACACUGCAGU